AUGGAGCCCAUUGUGACAGAAAUUCCAAAAGAGUCUAAACCAGUACAAGCUGAAGGAGAUGUAGCUAAAGUUCUCCCUAUCCCGGUGACUGCGGCUACAACUGCACCCACUCCCCCUAUUGCUGCAGAGGUUGCAACAGCUGGAGCUGCUCCAGGGAUUGAAACAAAGCCAGAAUUGUCAGCUCCAGAAAGGAUUAUUAAGGACGUACUGCAGGAUGAUCACAUCAAACAGCCACAGCCAACUAAGACUUUACAGCAAGUUGAGGUGCAACCAAAGCCAGAAAAAUUAGAGCAGGAAUAUAAAUUAGAACCUGUCAGCAAGGAAGUGGCAGAUAAGCCAGUUGAAAACAUCCCUGAUGUGACCUCAGUUCCAGAAAGCACCAUCAUCAUGAAGGAGCAAGAUGAAAGCAAACAAGAACUUAAGGCUGGGCAGAUUACACUAGAACGCAAAGUUGCUCCUUUGAUAGCAACUAAGCCUACAUCAAAGGAAGAAGAGCGUGAUGAGGAGCCCCAGAUUUUACCCAUAUCCAAAGAAGUAAAUGAUGAGCAGGUGGUUAGUGACACAAGUAAAGAAAAUGUAAUCACAGAUACAUCUGUGCCAGUGAAGGAGGAGGUUAAGGCUGAAAGAAGACGUCUGAGUUUUCAAGCCAUGGAAGAAAGCAGUGGAAGUGAACUCACACCUUCACCCUCACCCAAAGUCCAGAGGAGAAGGCUAAGGGUCAGCAAUGUUUCAUCCAGCAGUGAGGACAUCAAAACUGAAAGUGCUGACUCCAACAUAGAAGAUGAGGAGUUCAUCCGCAGGCAGAUAAUGGGCAUGGGUGAUGAAGAGGAAAUGUCUCUUUCAGAAGAUGAGAAAGAAGAGAAAUUGGAAACAGAAGAUGCCAUUAAGGAUGCUGAACUUGAAAAUGUAUCAGUGUUAGCCAAGCCACUGACCAGAAAGAGUAGCACAGAAGACGAAGGCAACCUAACCAGGAGAAUAGCCCCCAAAACAGACACUACAAUGACCCAAGAGGUUCCUGAAUCACUGACUAAUACUGCUUUUAAGAAAGCUAUUCCAGCCUUGAGACAGAGACAAAGUACAGAUGAAGAAGUAGAGAGCAUCACUGAAUCCUUGUCAAAAGGAUCGUCAAGUGUUCAGGCAUCUAGCUUUACUCCUGGAUCUUCACCUACAUCAGCUUCAUCUCUGGAGGAGGACAGUGACAGCAGUCCGAGUCACAGGAAGGUCAAAGGGGAGAAACAGCAUCGCAAAGGCAAACAUAGGCAGUCAACCCAGCCUCUCCCAACAAUUGAGGACUCCUCUGAGGAAGAAAAUAUGGAGGAAGAUAAGUUUAGGAAAGACAAAGAUGAAUCAAGGACCCAUGGGAAAAUGCCAUCAUCAACUGAAGGCGCCUCCUCCCCAGAGGAUCUGAGACAGGUCACAGUUAUAGAUGACACAAAUAGAACAUCUGGCUCUGAGUACUCCGCCAGUAUGGAAUCAGAACCAGAGGCUAGGCGAGCUGUACAGAGGGGAUGUAAGCCUUCACCAACAGUGAUCCCAUACACUCCCUCUGAUCCAUUUGAAAAGAAGUACAUGGUAGCAAAACCAUUGAAAAGUGCAGAGGAAACAUAUGAGGAAAUUAUUCAGAAGACAAAAGCGAUUCCAGGAGAGAGUCCACCUGAUAUUGAGCCCCUCUAUGGUGGUAUGGCAAUAGAGGACUAUCUUUACGAAUCCUUAGUUGAGGAGCCUGAACUCAAGUUCACUGAAUUUCAAGAGGAAGAAGCUAAACUCGACACUGCCUCUGAAGCAGUCAAAAAACUCAGGUCUCCAGAGGAGGUUUAUGAGGAGAUGAUGCAAAAAAAGAGAGAACUGAUGAUGAUAGAGCAAGAGUUUCAACAGGCACAAACUGCCUUGGAAAGUUCCUCAUCAGUGGUCAUCGACCCUAUGGAAGUUUCUGACUCCUGUGUGGUGACAAUGCCCACAGAUGGGACAACAACUUCUGGACAAACAGAGGUACCUUUUACAAGUACUGAAACUUCAAGUGACAUGCCGUGGAUCUAUAAGUUUUGUUAG